AUGGACUACAACUCCAUGGCAAAGCGCGGCAUGGAGCUCGUCCUGUUCAUGGCUGCCGCCCAGCACAUCUGCCGUAUCGUGCGGGUGUUGAAGACUCCUCUCGGGAAUUCGCUGCUAGUGGGCGUCGGAGGCAGUGGCCGGAAGAGUCUGGCAUCCUUAGCCACCUUUGUGGCCGAGUACGAGCAGUUCUCUAUUGAGAUCACCAAGAACUACACUGUCUCUGACUGGCACGAUGAUGUGAAGCGCUUGCUCAUGAUGGUCGGAAGCUCCACGCAGGUGACGUUUCUGCUUGCAGACACCCAGAUUCCGAAGGAAUCCUUCCUGGAAGACACUUCGAGCCUCUUGAACAAUGGCGAGGCGAGAUCACUUACUGAGCUCAGUCGCAUCACUUCGCAAAGGUUCUGCCUCACGAAAGCUGUGCAUUCCACUCGGCCGGUCGAGAUCGGUCUCAGACUGCGAGAAUUCCCCGAGACAGUCUGUAUUGAUGAGAUCAUGACUCGACCUUGCUGCUUCGUUUGCCGAUCUGAUGUCAUGGCGUGGCUUGAGGUGAUACCAACUCACUUUCAAUUGACCAAGGAUCCAAACACCAAGGAUGCUGAAAUCGAGGUUGAGCAAGAUCCGCUCACUGGAGGCUGCUAUAAAGCCGCCUGUGCAAGCACCGAGCGCGCCUGGAUCGGACUGCGAGGACGUCCCGGCGUGGUUUCAGGCCAAUACUGCUUCGAGGUGAAGGUCACGGAGGGCCUCCUCCGAGUGGGCUGGUCAUCGUCCACAGCGUCCCUGGCACUUGGCACGGAUGCGGAAGGCUUCGGCUUCGGUGGCACUGGAAAGAAGAGCCACAGGAACAAGUUCGCAGACUACGGUGCCGCCUUUGAAGCCGGCGACGUGGUCACGUGCUGUCUGGACCGAGAUCGGCGCGAGGUAAGCUUCGGUGUCAAUGGCAUCUGGUACGGGAAGGCCUUCGACAUCCCCAAGGCAUGGGAUGACUUUGCCCUGUUCCCGGCGAUCUGUGCCCGCGAGGCGUUUCGAAUAACAGGCUACUUUGGCUGCCCGGAUCAUCCGAAGGUGCCGCACGGCUGCGACUUUUGGCCGCUAGGUGCAGCUUACCCGGAGGAUGUGGUUGAGUCUGCAGCUGGCCCUCCGAUGCAACUGGAGCUUCCGGGCCUGGAGGAGUCUGCCGAACGGCGCGGUGCGCGUCGCGGACGCUUCGCCAAAAUGGCCCGUGUGGACCAGGACUUGACCGUCCUUUCAAGCCAUCGGCCGGGGAUGCUUCGUUCAGCCGGCAGCACAGACGCCGGGGUCCUCGUCGGCCGCUGUCGUGCCUUGGAACGAGGCUACCUGCGUGAUGCCGCGAAGCUCCGUGAUCCGGAGCAGAUUCGGCCCAUGCCGGUACUCCGCGAGGCGUUGCAGCACUGCCUCUCAGCCGGCCGUGCAUGGUCCUGGGAAGCCGAGAUGCUGAGGGCGAUCCGGCAGGAUAUCACCGUCCAGCAUCUGGAUGCAGACUUCCUGGAAGAGGUCUGUGAGGUGUCCUGCCUGCGUGCAUUGGCCAACGGGGAUUGGCCCGUCUUUGCUUCUUGCUCAUCCACGCUGAAGCGGCGACCACGUGCUGCGGAGCUCCGCUGGCUUGCGCUGCUUGGGCGCCCGCAAGUCCUGGCAGCAGCUCUGCAGGCGAUGCCUUUGGAGGACACUGUCUCGGGCUUCGUUCGCAAAACAUUGGCAGAUCUUAGUGUGGGCUUGUGGACCCGGGCUCUCAAGCGGAAAGCCCCGACUCAGACAGCCCAGCAAGCCUUCGACAUUGCCGUCAAACCCACUGCAAAGGCACAGCUCCUGUGUGCCAUUUGCAAGGCGUUCCCCACUGCACAGCAGCCGACGCUGCAAAGCCUCGGUGUCGACAGCUUGCCGUCCAGCGUAAGCCUCACUGACAACUUGCUGAAUGGGAAAGAGGCAUUGCUUGCAGCUCAAGAGGUGCUCCAGGUGGCACAGCGGCCGCAGCAGCGUGAAGAUCAUGGCUCGGAGUUCCUCCGCUGA